UUUGUCUUACGGUCUUCUCUCGGUUUUAAGAUGGCGGAAGUCCUUUUAGAAUUUUCUUUUGAAAAAACCUCCUCUGAUCCCAAAGAAAGAGGAUGUCUCAUCAUAGGAAGUGUUCUAAAUUUCUCUAUGGUCACGUACGACAAUUUUGCGGAGAAAUUACAGCCAUCGGUUGAUAGUAAGACAUUCAAUCUUGUGCUGAGGUCACUUAGUGAGUCAGAUUCCUGUAAUAUCUGGUUAAACCAGGUUGUUGCAUGUUCAUUGCCAUCCAAUGCUAGUCGUCACAACUCGCCAUGCCAUCCACAUGUCUUAAAGAGCUUAGUCAAGUCAUACUUGCCGGCCGGCAAUGCAGUGAUAGUGGUUGUUUGUGAAAAGAAAGAUGUUUUUGCUAGUGGUUGUGCCAUUGCCAGGUGUUUUCCUCUGUUCUCGCUCAAGACAAACUCUUCUGCCAAACAGUCAAAGAAAAUUACUGUUGAAUUUGUAACCACUGAUGGCCAACAAGUAACAGAUGAUGAUAUCAAAUGCUUGACAAGUACUGCUGAGAGUAUUCGCUUGGCUGCAAAAAUUGUUGAUAUUCCUUGCAAUAUUAUGCAUACGGACAAUUUUCUUGAGGAAAUCAGGAAAGUCGGCAAAGAACUUGGAAUUGAGCCUACUAUCAUCCAAGGAGAGGAACUCAGAGAGAGAGGAUUUGGAGGUAUUUAUGGAGUAGGGAAGGCAGCCAUCCAUCAACCUGCACUGGCCAUUUUGAGUCAUACUCCUAAAGAUGCCACUCGUACAUUUGCUUGGGUGGGUAAAGGGAUUGUGUAUGACACUGGUGGACUUUCAAUCAAAGGCAAGACUGCAAUGCCUGGUAUGAAGAGGGACUGUGGAGGAGCAGCUGCCAUCUUGGGUGCAUUUAGAGCUGCAGUCAAACAGGGUUUCAGGGAGAAUCUCCAUGGUGUCUUCUGCCUGGCAGAAAAUGCUGUUGGUCCUAAUUCAACAAGGCCUGAUGAUAUCCAUACAUUCUAUUCUGGAAAAACAGUGGAGAUCAACAACACGGAUGCAGAGGGUCGGCUUGUUCUAGCUGAUGGGGUAUACUAUGCCAGGAAGGACCUCAAAGCUGACGUGGUUCUGGACAUGGCGACCCUGACCGGGGCCCAGGGUAUUGCUACGGGGAGAUACCAUGGAGGAUUGUUGACCAACAAGGAAUCAUGGGAAAUAGCUGCUGUCCAGGCAGGACGCAAGAGCGGGGAUUUGUUGCAUCCUCUGCCAUACUGCCCUGAACUUCAUUUCUGUGAAUUUUCAAGUGUCGUUGCUGACAUGAAGAACUCUGUUAAGAAUCGUGACAACGCACAGAGUUCUUGUGCUGGACUGUUUAUCGGAGCUCAUUUGGGAUUUGAUUAUCCUGGUGCUUGGAUUCACGUUGACAUGGCAAGCCCUGUAGAAUCGGGAGAACGGGCUACUGGAUACGGUGUGGCUUUGUUGCUGACUUUGUUUGGUCAGAGUUCGUCAAACAGUUUGCUUAAAAUCGUCGCUUCGAGCCUUCCUGCUAAAGAUGCUGAUUAAGAUGUACUUAAAGAAAUGAUAGACGAGCAAUUGAAGAAAGGACAGACUGGCAGACCUACGGACGGACGGACAGACUGAGAAACCGCGAUAGACAGACAGUUCGGCGUACAAACGGACGACGCACAUACAGAUAGACAGACAGACAUUCAGUCGGACCGACUAACCAAGCGACAGACAGACAGAGGCACAUACGGACAGACAGUCGGACCGACUGACCGACCGAGCAAGAGACAGACAGACAGACAGACAGAAAGAAAGGCUAACCGACGGGCGUCAUUGACGUCUACUACCAGACUUACUUGCACACUUUCUUUUGUUCAUUUAAUUAGCACCUAUAGCUAAUGUGCACGAGCACGAAUAUCUAGCACAAAGCAUGAUGGGAAACCGAGCACUUACAAUUUUUCCUUCGACAUUUUCUAUGAAACUGAGUGUUUCGACAGACGACAAUAUCACAGUAAUUUUUUUUGAUAAUUCUAUUGAUUUCCUUGUUAAAAUUUAUGUAGUACUCGGUUUUCCCAUCAUGCUUUGUGCUAGAUAUUCGUGCUCGUGCACAUUGGCUAUUUAUUGCCUUACUAUACUCAUGAGGGAAUACAUAUUUGAAUAAGAACGAAAAUUCGCGAGGGAGUCAAAAUGACGCCAUCAUGCAAACGUUCUAUUUCGAAAUCAGUAGAAGCAAAGCAAAAUAAAAUAUUGAAUAUCUUCUUCGUAAAAAA